CCUCGAUCCACAUAACCCCCCCUUUUCUAUCUCCCUCUACAUUCUCAUUUUCUCUCUCUACACUGCAGAAAACUCAUGGAGGCCCGCCUGAAAACCUCUGUCGCCGCCGCCACAUCCAUGAACAUUUCCACACCGACAGAAGAAUCUGAUUACUCAAACUCCCAUUCACCUCCAUCGUCUCCCCUGGCACAUCCGGUGGUGCUCAGCCCUUGCGCCGCCUGCAAGAUUCUCAGACGACGGUGCAUCGAGAAAUGCAUGUUGGCACCCUACUUCCCACCCACUGACCCCCAUAAGUUCACCAUUGCACAUCGCGUAUUCGGAGCUAGUAACAUCAUCAAGUUAUUGCAGGAACUUCCGGAGUCUCGUAGAGCAGAUGCUGUUAGCAGUAUGGUGUAUGAAGCAAAUGCAAGGCUUAGAGAUCCUGUGUAUGGAUGUGCAGGAACAAUUUGCCAGCUUCAGAAGCAAUUAAGUGCGCUCCAAGCAGAAUUAGCGAAAACACAAGCAGAGGUGGUGAAUUUGCAAUGUCGGCAAUCCAAUUUUCUGACACUAAUCCGUAUGCAAAUGGAUCAACAACCACCACCAGUUUCGCCACCACAACAUCAACAAACACCUAAUUAUGAAAACGCAAGUUUUUUCGACGAUAACGCCAAUUUAGGCAGCUUUGAGCCGCUUUGGACUUGAUCACCUUUUGUGUUCGCACGAGAAAUUUGCUAGUUAACCAAAGAUGAUCAAAUGUAGUUUAUCAAGUUUUAUUAAACUCAAUCAUAUAUAAUAUAAUGUAUUUUAUAAUUAUCUUAUAUAUAGUAGUAUUUCAACUACAAAGCAGUUGACAUUAGGACAAACUAUAUAUAGAAGUAAUAUAGCGAGGUUGUAUUUUCUUGAUGUUUAAUAGAAUAAAUGUUUGUGUAGCAGUUGUUGAACCAAAC